AUGGCUGUAUCAUGGACAAUGAUGCUUCGAAAACAUCAUGGUAUAUUAAUUGAUUCAGAAAUUUGUAAAUCGAUUUUCAAGGCAAUUCAUCAACCAACUCAACAAAUAAUUUGCGUAAAAAGUCUUCCACUUCUUAGUUCAUCAUCCAUUAAUGAAGCUUAUCUUCUUCGUAGUAUACUUUCGAAUGAUAAUAAUUAUAAUAUACAUCCAAAUAUUUUAUCCCUUUUAUCAAUUAAAUAUUUACCAACAUUAUCAUUAAAUAAUUCGAUUUAUUUUAUUUUUGAUUAUACACAUAAUCGUGAUUUAGCAACACAUGGUUUAUUAUAUGGUGGUACAGAAAAACAAUUAACUAAUGAACAAAUACAAACAUAUUUAUAUCAACUUUUAUCAGCUAUUAUUUAUUGUCAUGAUCGACUUGUUUAUCAUUGUGCUAUUGAAUUAAAACAUUUACUUAUAACACGUACAGGACAACUUAAAUUAUCGAAUUUUGAAUAUGCUAAACAUGCUGUAUGUCCAACAAUGACAAUUAAUACAACAGAUCUGUCAUGUUUUUCUCAAUGUCCACCAGAAUUAGUUCUUGGUGAUCGAACACUUAAUAGUUCAUUAGAUAUGUGGUCAAUAGGUUGUGUUUUUGCUCAAUUAUGUUCAUCAACUCAAAUUGAACCAUUAUUUCGUGGUAAUCAUCAAAUUGAAUUACUCUUUUGUAUAUUUUCUAUGAUGGGUACACCAACAGAUGAUAUUUGGCCAUCGUUUCAUAAACAAUCUUAUUUUAAUGCUGAUUUUCCACGAUGGCCAAGACGAAAUGAUCAUUUAUAUGAAUUGACUAAACUGAUUGGACCAGAAGGUUUAGAUUUUUUAAAAUGUUUACUUGUUUAUGAUCCAAAACGACGAUUAAAAGCAAGAGCAGCUUUACAACAUCCAUAUUUUAAUCGAUAA